CAGUGGUAUUUUGUGUUCGUAGCAAUUUCAAUUAACCCACAGAAUCUCAAAAAAUUUUGGCCAAGCAACGUCAUCAGUAGUGGACACUCAGUUUGUAAACAACGAGUGACGUCGUAUGUAAUGUGCGACGAAGCUUGGGAACGGAGGAAAAGCCGCGUUUCGGGUCACAUUUUCAGUUUCUUUAAAACCUGCCUCCAUUUCCAUUUAGUCUUCCGUAUAUAUUUGUAUAAACUGAAAUUUUACUUUUCAUUCGCACUGGUUGACAUCUUAAAGCCAGGCAGCAACAAAAGAAGGAUAUCUAACAACCAAAGCCAGCCAGCUAAUGGACGCUUGACAGACUGCCGCUUUACUAACGUAGCGUUAGCUAGCUUGACAUUUAGCUAUUUAUUUUGGGAAAGAAAUAUGACAACUCUAACAAGGCAAGACCUAAAUUUUGGACAAGUGGUUGCUGACAUCCUGUGCGAGUUCCUGGAGGUCGCUAUUCAUCUCAUCCUGUAUGUUCGUGAAGUGUAUCCCUCUGGAAUAUUUCAGAAGAGAAAGAAAUACAACGUGCCUGUGCAGAUGUCAUGUCACCCAGAGCUGAAUCAGUAUAUCCAAGAUACACUUCACUGUGUGAAGCCACUCAUUGAGAAGAAUGAUGCAGAGAAGGUGGCAGUGGUCAUCAUGGACAAAGAGCAUCAUCCAGUAGAGAGAUUUGUGUUUGAGAUUUCCCAACCUCCGCUGCUGUCCAUCAGCUCAGACACAUUACUAUCACAUGUGGAGCAGCUGCUGAGGGCAUUCAUCCUGAAGAUCAGUGUGUGUGAUGCUGUUUUAAAUAAUAACCCACCAGGGUGUUCAUUUACAGUACUAGUACAUACCAGAGAUGCUGCUACACGCAACAUGGAGAAGGUUCAAGUCAUCAAGGAUUUUCCAUGGAUAGUUGCUGAUGAGCAGGAGGUCCAUAUGCAGGAGCCUAGACUCAUCCCACUGAAGACCAUGACAUCUGACAUAGUAAAAAUGCAGCUCUACGUGGAAGAGAGAGCCCAGAAAACGUAGGCCCUCGCUCUGCAGUAAGAAGGGAAUGGUACUGCUGUAUGAGCCAAUCUGUGACGAUUGGCGUCAAAUCAUGGGCGUUGUUUAGAACACAGCCUAUCAGAGCUGGAAGAGUCAGAAAGAGCCAUCAGUUUUUAAACACAUGGGAUCAUCAAGAAAGAGAUGUGGAUUGUGUAUAUGAGGUGUGAACAUUAUCCUGCAUUUAGUGUUAAGGUUUGGACUGACACUGGGCUGACAUUUCAUUAAGAAUCAAAUCUGCUGCGGACUGUCCGCUGUCUGUUUUUUGAUAGCAUGCUAUACAAAUAUGAAUGAAUGUUUUUUAUUUUAUUGUCAUGUACUCUCUUUUAUGGCUUUCAAAGCAGAUCUUUUGUGUAAAAUGAUGAUUGAAAUGUAGUAGUCAUGGAGUACCAUGACAGUUUCCAGAGGAAAUGGAAUAGACCAGUAUAACAAUCAACAAAAUAUCAAUCAGCAGGUUCUAAAAACCACUGCUAUCAGUUUAACUCUUAGCGGAGUUGAAUUUUCACAGCAACAAAUAUUCAAUAUCUGUUUCUCUUUGUGGGGAAAUUGUUUUGCUAAUGCUCCCCUAGAGAGGUUGUCUUUCCACAGGAAAGCCACAAUUUAGGUCAUCUUGCUCCAUUUGAUGGACAGUGUUUUCUCCCACCAUAAUGUCCCACUGAGCCACCACAGUUCUGUGCAUGGUGUCUAUUAUUGGACAGGGAUGCAAUGUAAAUGUUUUGGGUGAGUUCCAAUGGAAUAAAAUGGACCAUGGUCUGAUUUCUUGUGCACAUUUGCAACCAGA